AUGAUGUUAUUACUAUCAAACAAGACAGCGCCUCGAGAACCAUCUUCGGCGGUGCAGCCGCUCGUACUGAUGAAAAAGACAACGCUUAUGCCGUCGCUGACAUCUUUCACGAAGUGCUUUUUGUCAAAGGCAUUUCCGUCACCGCGUAUAAAGCUGUGGGGUGCCCAAAGCAGUCCAACAGGUGUGGAUGAUCCCAUUGCAAUGAAUGUCGACGAUCUUGACAGUGAAGAUGCACGAGGCGACAUUUGCGAGAUCGUUGUUGUGGCGAUUCAGAAAGUCAUAAACUUGAGCGCCGGCUUGGCCAGUGAGAACGACCGCGUUAGCACAGUAAUGGCCUCCGGCAGGUUACAGAAGUCAUCGAUCUGGGGCUCAACCAAGUGGCAACAUGGGCAGUUACAGUUGCCGCACCACAUGGUCUGCUCUGUUCGCAGAGGUACGACAACAAAAGUAUCUACUCAGGCCGACCGAAGCGACAAUGAGUUUAUAUUCGACGAGAAGUUUAUCUUUGAGCGACGAGAAAAGGACGAACAAUAUCAUGAGGUGAGCAUCCAAGUGUUAAGCGUCGGGCCUGGAUUUAGCAAGAAGCACUGCCUUGGGCAAGUGACGGUGGACUUGGAUGCUGCAUUUACCACGGUGACAACCGAACCCAUCUACAGACAUAGCGCUUUGCAAACGGAUGACAGCUCGAAAUCAGGCAUGGAGAUUUACUAUGUACUUCACCGUCUGGUAGUAAAGAAUGCAAAAGCUGCUGCUGCGUCACGUAUACUUACCCGAUCGAGUACAAGUCUGAACGAUGAUGAUGACAUGGACGCUUAUGGGCAAAUCUUUCCCAAUUUAUGGUAUCUUUGCUAA